GCUGGGAGCGCUGCUAUGGCGUUUCUCAGACCCGCGGCUCCUCCUCACAAGCUCGAGGCGGAGGGAAGGAGGGGUAAGAGGAGGAGGCGCGCGGACGGCCGCCGCAGCUGCACACCCGGGGCCAGAGAAGGAGGCGGAGCGGGCGCCGCCGCAGCCACCCCGGCCGCUGCCGCCGCCCGCAGCCGCGGGGCUGCUGCGAGUCCUCUCCGGGCUUGAGGGCACGCGGGGCGCCCCGGCCAUGCCCCGCAUUGGUAGCUGAGCCGGGCGCGGGCCCCGUCCCUCCCGUCCGCGUCAGCCGCCGUGCCCCCGGGCUGCCCGCGGCCGGAGUGCCCGGCGCCUCCCGCGCGCCCCAGACCGCGAGCGCGAGCAGUCGCGGCCGCCAAGGCGCGGGUGGUGCCGGAGGCGGCGGCGGCGGGAGCGCGGGGCAGGAGGAGGCGGGGAAGAUGGACCCGGCGCCCUCGCUGGGCUGCAGCCUCAAGGAUGUGAAGUGGAGCUCGGUGGCCGUUCCGCUCGACCUGCUGGUCAGCACUUACCGGCUGCCCCAGAUCGCGCGGCUGGACAGCGGAGAAUGCAUUGAAGGGCUGCGGGAAAACGAAUACCUUCUGAUUCAUUCGUGCCGUCAGUGGACCACCAUCACUGCCCACAGCCUGGAGGAGGGACACUACGUCAUUGGGCCAAAGAUAGAGAUCCCAGUACAUUAUGCAGGGCAAUUCAAGCUGCUGGAACAAGACCGAGAUAUAAAGGAGCCAGUGCAAUAUUUCAACAGUGUGGAGGAGGUGGCUAAAGCAUUUCCUGAACGCGUGUACGUCAUGGAGGAAAUCACAUUCAACGUGAAGGUUGCUUCGGGUGAAUGCAAUGAGGACACCGAAGUUUAUAAUAUCACCCUCUGUACUGGGGAUGAACUCACUCUCAUGGGGCAGGCAGAAAUCCUGUACGCAAAGACUUUCAAGGAAAAGUCACGACUCAACACAAUCUUCAAAAAGAUCGGCAAGCUCAACUCCAUCAGCAAGCUGGGAAAGGGCAAAAUGCCAUGCCUGAUCUGCAUGAAUCACAGAACCAAUGAAAGCAUUAGCCUGCCAUUCCAGUGCAAGGGCAGAUUUAGCACCCGCAGUCCCCUAGAACUUCAGAUGCAGGAGGGCGAGCACACCAUCCGCAACAUUGUGGAGAAAACCAGGCUCCCCGUGAACGUGACGGUGCCCAGCCCUCCGCCCAGGAACCCCUAUGACCUCCACUUCAUCCGCGAGGGGCACCGCUACAAGUUCGUCAACAUCCAGACCAAGACAGUGGUGGUUUGCUGUGCGCUACGGAGCAACAAGAUCCUCCCCAUGCACUUCCCUUUGCACCUGACGGUCCCCAAGUUCAGCCUCCCGGAACACUUGGUAAAGGGAGACGUGUGGCCCGAGACCCUGGUGCAUCACUGGCUGGGUAUCUGCCAAGAACAAUUCGACAUCGACGAGUAUUCCCGGGCUGUCCGAGAUGUGAAGACCGACUGGAAUGAGGACUGCAAGAGCCCCAGGAAGGGCCGGUGCUCUGGCCACAACCACGUGCCCAAUUCUCUGAGCUACGCCCGCGAUGAGCUCACGCAGUCCUUCCACCGGCUCUCCGUCUGCGUGUAUGGCAACAAUCUCCAUGGCAACAGUGAGGUGAACCUCCACGGCUGCAGGGACCUGGGGGGGGAGUGGGCGCCCUUCCCUCACGACAUCUUGCCCUAUCAGGACCUGGGGGACAGUGGGAGCGACUACCUGUUCCCGGAAGCUGGUGACGAAUCGGCGGGCGUCCUGGGGAAGUCGGAGCUUCCUUACGAAGAGCUCUGGCUGGAGGACGGCAAGCCCAGCCAUCAGCCUCUCACGCGUUCCCUGAGCGAGAAGAGCAGAUGCGAUCAGUCCAGAGGUUCCGUCCGGUCCAAAGGUGCAACCUCUCCUCUUCCUGUGCCCGGAACUCUGGGAGCAGCCAUGAAGUCUUCAGAGAUCGCCCUACCUCCACCUCCAGUGCCUCCCAAAUCUGAAGCCGUCAGGGAAGAGUGCCGGCUCCUGAACGCCCCUCCUGUUCCGCCCCGAAGCGCAAAGCCAUUGUCCACAAGCCCCUCCGUCCCUCCUCGCACAGCCAAGCCAGCGCGGCAGCAGACUCGUUCUCCCAGCCCCACCUUGUCCUACUAUUCUUCAGGGCUGCACGACAUCAGCGUUCCUAAAAGUGACACAAGUCCUCCUGAAAGCGCUCCUGUGUCCUGCUACCCCUGUAACCGUGUGAAAACGGAUUGCGUGGACCUCAAGUCCCCAAUGGGAAGUCCCUCUGCUGACACGCUCUCCUCCAGGCUCUCGUGGCCCAACCAUUACUCGGGAGCAGCGGAGAACCAGACCAGGAAUGACUUCCUGCUGGGUCCCAGCAGGAGCUACAGUUACCCCAGACAGAAGACGCCAGGCACACCAAAGAGAAACUGCCCAGCACCCUUUGAUUUGGAUGGCCUUGAGCUCUCGGCCAGUCCCCCCGGCUCUAUCACUUCAGAAUUCAGCGGCAGCAUCUCCGCCUGUCCCAAGUCAGCCAGCUACUCUGUGGAGAGCACAGAUGAGAAAAUUCUGGCUGCUGACACGACCAAGCAGAGUAUUUCGUGCCCUGCCUUACCCCCCAGGGCUCCCAAACCAGUGGAAGAGAAAACCGCCUCGGACACUUCUCCUUUGCCUCUGAAAAUUGAUGGUGCUGAGGAAGACCCCAAGUCAGGGUCACCGGACCUCUCUGAGGACCAGUACUUUGUUAAAAAGGGCAUGCAGGACAUCUUCUCCGUCGCCUACCCUUUCGCAUCUCCGCUCCACCUCCAGCUGGCCCCCAGGUCCUGUGGCGAUGGCUCCCCAUGGCAGCCGCCCGCUGACCUAUCGGGACUCUCCAUAGAAGAAGUGGCCAAGUCGUUACGGUUUAUUGGUUUGUCUGAAGAUGUCAUAUCAUUCUUCGUUACUGAGAAGAUCGAUGGGAAUUUGCUCGUUCAGCUGACUGAAGAAAUCCUCUCAGAGGAUUUCAAAUUGAGCAAACUGCAGGUGAAGAAAAUAAUGCAAUUCAUUAAUGGCUGGAGGCCCAAAAUAUAGCCAAAUAACCCCAGCUAGCAUUGAACAAAAUGAACAAAUGUGUGUGCUAGAAGGGGUGGGCUGGGACACAAUUCCAUGUUUUUUGCACUAAAAACCUUCUCUGUAAAUAGGGAUAAGAGAAACUCUUACUAUGCAGAUUACGUUUUUGAAUGGUGAACAGGCUAUUUUGUACAUCAAUAAAAAUGCUGUACAGAACACUUAGAGGUGUGCCUUGUACAUCACUCAACACUCAACAGCUGCUAAAAGACAAAAGGCAUGUGCAGAGAAGUAAUUCUCACCCAAGGAAGUUUAUGUGAGAAGGUAUGAUAUUUAUUACAAAAUAGCCAAAGCUGAAAACUGUAAGAAUCAAAACAAACAAACAAAACUUAAAAAAACAAAAAACAAAAAAAAAACACUUUUUGAACAACAGUUCUCUCCUUUGGGGGAAUCGACUUUAGACAAUUAACUGUCCUGUGCUCUGUCGUUUGGAUUGCUCAGUGCUAAUCGUUUUACUCUUGUGCCUGAAAAUGUUAGUGAUAUGAAAUGACACUUUACUGUUUGAUAUAUGCUUGGUGGGGAUCUUUUCAUCAAGAGACAUUUUCCAAAAGUCAUGUGUUGAUAGAGGAUAUAUGAAAUAAUACAAAUCAUGACCACAAUAAUUUAUCUAUAACUACUGCUGAUUUUAUUGAGCAGUGGGGAAAAAAAAAAACCCCGAACAUAUACAUAUAUGUGCACAUAUGUAUACCCAAUACACAUGUGUGUUUUAAACAUCAUUAGUCUGAUAUUUUAGAUAACAUCUGUUCACUUUCAAAAAUUUGGGUUUGGGGCCAUUAACUAAGUUGACUAUUUUAGGAAGAGUGGACAGAGUGAUUCCAAAGAUUCUCAGAACCCUUCCCCUCGAAGCUCAGUCUGACUCUGCUUCAUCAUGGAAAGCCUGGAAGAAAUCAGUAGAGGGUCUGUAUUAAAGAAUUAAAUUUGUAAGCCCAAGGGCGGUGGUUUGCUUAUAAUAAUACUUGCAUACCGAUGUCUGGGAAAGUGAUAGUUUCUUGUCAGAGGGUAAUUCAUCUCCGGUUUGAGGGUCAUCUUUUUU